AGAGGUUGAAGGUUGCGGUCGAUCAGCUGAUUCAGAGAGGUGGGAGUUGCUGCAAACAAUGUACCAAACUGGGUGCCUUCAGAAACACCGAACACCGUACGAGUGAAGUCCAUGCGAUCUGCCUCAGCACGGUUCAACCUCGCAGUAAUGCGAAGGAGGGCUGAUUCCCUGACAGUAGAACAUGACACGACCGUUACAACCGUACAGAAGGGCUCAUCGCAAACUGCUCCGAGAUUGAAACACAACCACAAGGCAGCGGCUAGUAAAAAGGAUAACGACUUCGGCACGGAUGCGAAAACAGGAAUGAGAAUUGGUUACCGAAGACGAUCCCGUUUGUUGAACAGAAUCAAGAAAGUAGCUUUGUGGUUCUUAGCAGUGUACAUAUGCAUUCCUUUCAUAGUAAAGCUAUGUCCAGCCAUCCAAGCCAAGCUAGUCUUCUUAAAUUUUGUGCGCGUACCAUAUUUCAUUGAUUUAAAAAGGCCACAAGACCAAGGUUUGAACCACACAUGGAAUUUUUAUCUUCAACCUGAAGAGAUGAUUACUAUCGGUGCUUGGCACACAGUUCCUGCUAAACUAUGGAAGGAGGCUCAGGGGAAAGACCAGUCAUGGUAUGAAGAAACCUUGGCAUCGGGCUCUCCUAUCAUUCUUUACUUCCAUGGCAAUGCAGGCACCAGAGGUGGUGAUCAUAGGGUCCAGCUAUACAAGGUCCUCAGCUCACAAGGCUACCAUGUAGUUGCUUUGGAUUAUAGAGGUUGGGGAGACUCCGAAGGAACUCCUUCUGAGAGUGGAAUGACCACAGAUGCAAUCUUCACCUACAAUUGGUUGAAAGAGAGGAGUGGUAAGAGUUCUGUUUACAUCUGGGGCCACUCACUAGGCACAGGUGUUGCUACAAAUGUUGUAAGGCAGCUGUGUGAAAAAGAUACCCCUCCAGGUGCCUUAAUUCUGGAAUCUCCUUUCACUAACAUUCGGGAAGAAGCCAAAAGCCACCCUUUUUCACUGGUCUACAGGCACCUUCCUGGCUUUGACUGGUUCUUCCUAGAUCCAAUCACAGAGAGUGGUAUUAUAUUCCCCAAUGAUGAAAAUGUGCGACAUAUCACCUGCCCAUUGCUGAUUCUCCAUGCAGAAGAUGAUGCUGUCAUUCCCUUCCACCUAGGAAAAAAGCUUUACGAUAUUGUUGCAUCUUCUCGAAGUAGCAGGAAAGUGCAAUUUAUUCCCUUCCAUAAAGACCUUGGCUAUCAGCACAAGUAUAUAUACAAGAGCCCCGAACUUGCUCAAAUUCUGAGGGAGUUCUUAGAUGAUCCAACCUUUCAUCAUUAAUGAGGUGCACCACAGUGAACAGAUAACAACUUCAGAGCAGCGUGAAGACUUCAGUCCUUGUCAACAUUGAUUUACAUUCCACUAAACUGUUCUGUUUGAAGACAAAGUAAAAAUCAUGAUCUGGGAAAUUUUAUUUUUAGUUAGGUGAGAAGGAGCACUCAGCUGGGUAUAAUGAUAAAGCAAAGUGAAGGACACUAAUUGAAAUUUCAAGGAGUUUAAGUUUAAUAAAGAAGUGAAGACGCUCAUUUCUUUUCAAGACCAUUGUGAUGGAAUUCUUGUGUUAAGUUUUCCAAAGUGUAAACGUAAGUAAGGAGGAUCAGGGUAAUUUCAAAUUAUGAUUCUUAAUCAACACACUCCAUUUGUUGCUUCCAAAUCAUGGAUGAUCUUACAACAGUACUUUUACUUCUGAGAGUGUAAACUUGUUGAUGUGCCCCGUAAUGUUGGUUUAAUCUUCAUUGUUCUGUUCCAUUGUGAGAAGGGUUUUGUGAUGAAAUAUUGUUCAUGUGAAGAUAAUAACCAUUCAGAAACUCAGAUUGAUGAGGACAUCUGAAGGAUUAUACCUUUAGGGUAAAUUCAAGUGAGUCUGUCUUGAUCUAGUAACUAGGUGUUAUUCAGAUAGGUCAUUCUCUGCAAACUAGAGGUAAUGGUCAUAUGUAAUGUGUCUUGUGAGCAACUUCCUCUCAGUAUCCAAGUAAUCUGAGUUUUGCUACAAAAAAUGGGAGGUUGUGAUGAUACUAUUCCAAGAUAAAUAUUCAAAAUCAGAUCAACUGUUGAGCCUUGUGUGUUGAUAGUACAAAACUGUUGGGUGUCUGAAUGAACUGUUUUUGUGAAAAUUUCCAUUGUCACAUAGCUUUUGAAGACAAGCAGUGGUUCUUACUGUAAUCACCAGAACAAAUCAAAAUUACAAUUAACUUGUCUAGCGAUUAACUUGUAUUGUGAACUAUUAUCAAAGCCCUGCUGAUGCACUUGUAGUUAGUGAACAACGCUACAUGUAUAGCAGUGAUUAUGUGAGAUAUGUUAAAUUUACUGGUUGACUUCUGGGGCAUAGUGUAACAUUCUUUUAAUCUUUAAGUUCAGUCGCUUUAGAAUAUACACCAAUGUAAAUAGAGUGGAUUUCAUUAUUGAACAUGCAAAAAUUCCUCUUAACACACUUCACUGUUAUAAUGAAGAUUUAACCGUUAAAUAGAAAAAGCCUUUGGUAAAGAAAGCAAACGCCUUGUGUAGAGCAUAGACUUUAUUUAUUGAAGUAUUUACAUAUUUGUCUAACAUACACCUGACUUGAUAAAAUUAAAACUUGAAAAUGCUGGAAAAAAGAAAAAAUAUAGAAAAUUUAGAAAAGUGUAGUAGACCUGCUGAGAUGGGUAAGGAAGAGUCAAGUACUGUGGAUUCCUGUUAAUUGGGGCAUGGGUUAGUCAUUACAGCUGAUUAUUGGGACAGUUCUUUGUUUAUUUAGGACACUGUGCCACUUAAUUGGAACAGGAGAUGGUCAGUUAUGUGCACUUGUCUGGCCGUUAGGCACUACACCGUGCUUAGAGUGAACAGUUGCGUCUGCUUGUGUUACAUUAUCCAUUUGGGCUGAUGGACGCCAAUUCAAAAAGCAAUGAGUUUUGAUAAUUUAGUUUUUUUAUUUUUAAAAAAUUGUUUGAGAACCUUGCCAUGAUAAGAUCUGACACUAGCUGGAAAAGUUACCCUACUGGACCAAAUUAAAAGCCACACACCUGACACCAUUCAUCAUCAGCUGGCAGAGAUGACUGGAGUGCCAAAAUCUACAAUUCCACGCUUGGUACAUCAGCAAGAGGGGAGGAGAAGAUGGAGGCAUGACGCAGCGCGCGCGGCCGCUCUGAAAUGAUAUCUUAUUUGUUAAGUAGGUGCCAUGCACAAUCCUGAUUUGAUGGAAACAGACAUGAGAAGCUCGAGGAACAUCUGGAGAAACUUCUGAAAUGCCUGCUUCACUGCCACUGCUACUGUGCGAUCGAGAAUCUCCGGAGGGGAAGGCCCCAAAUCCUCGGCUUUGCCUAUUGCCUGUUGCCGGGUCCGGGGUCGAAGCGCUUGGCAGAGAUGGUGCUCGGUGCUCAGUGUCGGAGGGCUGGUUGGAGGCUCAAAGUUUUCGGACGGACGCAAGAGUUGGCUGUGGUCGGGUGCCUCCAGGGUGCUGCAUCGGCAAGUUUGCGGCGCUGGAGGUUCGUGGCAGGAAGAGAGUUUCUCUUCCUUCUACCGUCUGCAUGAGAUGAUGGGACUUUCGAGAGACUUUGAGACUUCUUUUUUUUACCGUGCCCACGGUCUGUUCUUUAUCAAAUUACGGUAUUGCUUUGCACUGUUGUAACUAUAUGUUAUAAUUAUGUGGUUUUUGUCAAUUUUUUUAGUCUUGGUUUGUCUUGUGUUUCUGUGAUAUCUUUCUGGAGGAACAUUGUAUCAUUUCUUAAUGCAUGAAGCAUUACUAAAUGACAAUAAAAGAGGACUGCGUGUCCUCAUAUUCUAAAGAUAAUCUGUGAGAAGAAUGGACAUUGCAUGAGGGACAACAGGAAAUAUCCCAAAAGCAAAAGUGUGAAGGUAAGGAUCCAGAUGUUGGAGAGGUGCUCAGUCAGUGGUUUUCCAUUGUAGCUGGAUGAGAUGUGCACGUCAGUGGACCAAUGUUUAACAAAAAAAAAGUCUAAGGAGCUAGUUAAGAAGUUGGGACAUGAAGAUUUUAAAGCAAUAGAUGGUUGGUUGACUCGAUGGAAAUGUGGGCACCACAUUAAAUUCUCAAAAAUACACAGCAAGAAAACUAGUGCUGAAAUGCAGAAACAUACAAAUAUGCAAAGCUUCCCAACUUGUUUCAAAAAUUUUACGCAGUUGGUAUCGACAAUGCCAAUGAAACAGGCCUUUUUUAUCAUGCCACGUAGGACGAUUCCCUUUGCUACAAACACGGAACACUAGCAGGUUCAAAGAAAGCAAUGGAUCACAUAACGGUGUGUUGUUCAAAUUUGUCAGGAACUGAUAAAAAGAAAUUGUUGGUUAUUGGGAAAGGUAUUAAACAUCGAUGCUUUAAGGGAUUAAGAAUGGGUAGUUUACCAAUCGAGUACUAUGCCAGCAUACACUUGAUGAAUUCUUCUGUUGGUAACCAUUAUAAAAUAAUACAUAGUUUUAGAGUACUGUUUCAUUUAAAUACAUAAUUUGUUAUUCAGUUACUUAGUAGUUUGUCUUUUUUAUACCUUUUUAACUAUUUCCAUGAAACCUCGGCUAAUUGGAGCAGCCGCUUAAUGGGGCCAAAGUGUAUUGGUCCUGAUAUGUCUCAAUUGACUGGAAUCCACUAUAUAUCUGUCACUCCUACUGAGUCAGGAAUCUGUCUUUCACAAUGCUGAAUUUCUGGAAAUGUUUUGAUAAGAAUCUCACUGAUCUACUUCAAUGAUGGAAAGGAGGUUUUCCUGUUCCACUGAAGAUAACAACUAGCCAGUAUAUAAGUCUUACAGCCUUUGAGAAAAAUAUUUAAUGGGUUUCUCUGGCUGGGGAAGUUACAUGGAAUUUCACAGCACAAAAUCAGGCCUUUUGUCUCAUAGAUGGUUUACGUUGUUGUUUCCUUGCUUCAUAUCAUCUGAUCAACAUUGUUACCCCUUUCUACCUCGUGUGCAUACUUCUGGCUGUGGUCACCCAGCAAGGGCUCUUCAGUAAACCUCCCUCUUGAAAUGAAUCUUUGCAGCUUGACUUUAAGCAAUGAUGCUAAUAGAAAUCAACAUUAGUUAUUUUUCCUGAGUGUGUCUGGUAAUGAUAGAAGUUAAAUCAUACUUGGCUUAAUUCUUUGUGUAACUUGCAGUUUGCUGUUGAUUCUUGAGCAUUAACUUUACUCAGACAAUCCCCAUUUGUUAGACAUGGAGUUUUGCAUGGGCAGCUGAUGUCUUAACCUUCAUUGUCAUUUGUAGGCAGUGUAGACAUUUGGCAUAGCUAUCAUUAAUGAUUUUUUGCCAUUUUUCAAAACUAAUAAGGUAUCAUGCUUGGCUCAUUGAUGACGCUGUCACCUCAAGUCAGAGUAUUAUGGAUUCAAGCCUAUGUACGGAGACAUGAGCCAGGGUGAAUGUGCUGCAUUGACUGAAGUCUUUUGGAUGAAUUGUUAAACUGAGACUCUAUCUACCCUCUCAGAGAAUACUAAACAUUUCACAAGUGGGGAAACAUGCCCCUAAUUCAACUAUGAAACCCAAAUGAGGUUAGUUGUAACUAAUAGGGCAAUAAUAACUGUGUAGUCAAUACUGUGUUGACUUUUGGGUUUAUGUUUAUAAACUUGUAAAUAAUUCAGAAGGGGCAAAAGCAAAAUACUGUGGGUGCUAAUAUCUGAAGUAAAAGGGAAAAAAUGCUGUAAAUAGUCAACCAGCAGUUGUAGAGAGAGAUACAAGUUUAAUCAGAGUUGGCUGACUUGAUGAAAAGUUUACAUAGCUCCUCUUUGUCAUGGAGAAAAAGACUUGCUUUUAUCUAGGGUUCACAGAAAAGUCAUCUCAAAUCAACUUGCUGCAAUGAAAAAUCUUUUGAAAUAGUGACUGGUCUGUCAUAGGAACAAAUGGCAAAUGACGCGUGCAGCAAGGUUGCAUAAAUAACGAUGUGAUAAUGACUAGUCUCUAAUUCUUUGUGGGAUAUUAUCAUACUGGAGGAGGAUUCUUUUGUCCUUUAAAAUAGCACUGCCUUGUGUUUGAUGUCUCCCAAAGUGCAAUCCUCAACUGGGGACCCAAUUCUCACCAUUGAGCCAACAACUCCUAAGUCAAAAAUGAGAGCCAACAUUCAUGUAUGUAGUAAUCAGGUGUUUACACAGAUGACUGGUAAUUACUUUACUACAUUUCAGAAGUUUCUUUUCUACAAGUCUUUUUGUCCAUAAUAAAGCGGUAAAUAUAUAAACAUUCAUCAAGCCAGCCAAUUCUGAUUAAACCCUCUACUGCCAGUUGGAGGAACAUCACCUUGUAUUCUGUCCUGGUAGUUCUCCAGCCUGAUGGCAUGAACAAUAAUUUCUCUAACUUCCAGUAACCAGUCACAUCUGUCCCUUUAUGUUUUCCUUAUCCCACCAUCUCCCUCUCUUCCUUGCCCUCUUGAUCUGCCCAUCACCUAUACAUUCCUCCCAUUGGUUCCUUUCCUUGCUUCACUUCCUUUAUUCCAUGGUUCACCAUCCUCUCCUAUUAGAUUCUAUUUUCUUCAGCGCCUUUAACUUCCACCUAUCAUCUUCCAGCUUCUCAUUCCCAUUCUCUCACCACCUGCUUAUCACCCUCCAGCUGUAUCAACCAUUUCCCCUCACUUUUUAUGUCGGCCAACUCCCAUCUUUCUUCCCAAUCCUGAUGGAGUCUUAACUUGACUGUCCAUUUCCCUCCACAGGUGCUGCCUGACCCACUUGAGUUCCUCCAGCUCCUUUAUGUUGCUCCAGAUUUCUGGCAUCUGCAGUCUCGUGUCUCUCUCUGCUUAAACCCUCUACCUUACCAUACAAAUACUGGGAUCUUUCUGUUGAUAGGGUAACUGGUGUCAGAUUGGUGAAGCUGCUAUUGAAUCAUACAUCUUCAUUUUAACAGCAUCACUAUUCUGAGGAAGCCGAAUCUUCAAGGGAAAACUUUUACUAUUGACUUUUGCUUGUGGUUUAUUCUAGCAGUGUGAAAAGGCCUGUUAGUAUCAUCAGGUGCCACCCUUCCUUAACUGUUGCUUAUGGAGUCAGUUACUCCGUUUAAAUAAAAACAGAACAGGACAUUACAUUGUAGUAGAUAAUGCAGCUGAAUCAGCAGAUUAUAUCAUGAUUAAACUGGCAGUAAUCAUUUGUAAUAUCACAUCUACAGGUUUCUGAUUGUGGCUGGAUCAAGCAUGGAGUCCAUUUAAAUUGUCUUGUUGUUUUAGAACAGAAAGGCUGUAGUUCUCCAUAGAUCCAUCCCAUUAUACUCUUCAUGAAGUGCUGCAGACUCCCUGCAUGGUGCUUCGUUAUAAUCACUGUCUCACAGAGGGAAAACUGUUACUAAUCAAAGUACAGGUGUUAUACAACCAGGAAAUAUGUGAGAGAAUAGAAGGUGGGAAUAUUCCACAAUAUUUUGUUUUAGUUACUCGCAAUCAGAUUUUUCAGAGAACUUGAAAGCACAUUGCAUUUAGAUGUAUGAGCCAUAAUGGACUUAGAAUUACUUUGUAUGACCAAGACUGUUAAUAAUUGUAAGUUAUAAUUGGAAGGUUGGAAUCUACUAGGAUAGCUUCUGUAAAUUCUGCACCCCUAUGAGCGUGUCAGUUGGACUAUAGGGAAAUUGAGGUUUAAAAGGAAGUGGAAUGGAGCUAAGGCAAAGAUCAGACCAACCAUGUCUCACUGGAUGCCCAAGUCUGCUGCAGAUGCCCUAGCAUGCAGCCUAAUCAGGCUCCUGGCCUUUCAUCAUGAAAGGUACACAAUUUAGCUUUUAAAAUUAUUGGAACUGUGAUUCUGUUAGAAAUGCAAGUUUCAACAUUUUGAAUCUUUUGUUGUGACCCUUCAGUAUAAAGGAGCCUCUUGAGCAUGCAUAAUGAAAGCAGAUCACUUGGAAAAAGUGCUUCUCGUGUUCCCCAUUGGACUCGUGUUCAUGUUCUCAUUAACUACAGAAAACUCUCCUGUUCCAGCAGUUUGUUAAAAGCUGUAAAUAGGUAGUUUCUCCCCCAACCAAUCUGCUUUAAUGUGGAAUCAAAUUGUGAUUAUCUCUGCAAUGGAACUUUAGGGCAAUACUCAUCGAAUGUGAAUAUUGUUAUCACAGAUUCUGCAGAUGCAGGAAAUCCAGAGCAGCGCACAAAAUGCUGGAGGAACUCAGCAGGUCGGGCAGUAUCUAUGCAAAGGAAUAAAGAGUCAAAUUUUCAGGCUGAGACCUUUCAUCAGAACCGGGCAAUUUAAUAAUAAACUUCAUCAUGCACUGCAGGUGUUUAGUGGCCAAGUCCAUCGACACUGAUGUGCACACGAGGAAGGACAGUCGAUGAAAGGGCCUUGCCAAAAUCCAGGUGUAGGGAGCGAUUUAUCCAAGUCUCAGCCCAAAACGUUGACUGUUAAUUCCCCUCCAUAGAUGCUGCCUGACCUGCUGAGUAGCUCCCGAAUUUUGUGCGCUUUAGUAGUGAACGCUGGACAUGAUUCACAAUCCCUUUGUUCUGGUCCAAGGGAACACUUCCCCUAGAUGUCAGCAAGCUUUUAAAUUACACAGGGGAUGAGAAAUUAGAUGUAGAAAUGUGUAAGGGAAACCAAAACCAGGGACCAUAAUGAAAGAAUCCAGUAAAGAACAUAGGAGCACAUAGAGAGGGUUGAAAACGUAAAACUCAGUCAUACAAGUUCACUAAUGAAUAUGCAUUUAAAGGGAAUGGUAGGUAAAUAUCCAACAGGCACAGAAACAGAGAUAGUGAUGGUAUUAGAUGAAAAGCUGUGUGAAGUAUUAGCACAGUCUUAGACAAAUUAACCCGUUUCUGUGCUAUGAGUUGUGUGUUCAUCUAUGUAAAAGCAAAGGAGUUUUGCAUACUUACAAUUACUAAUGAUAUCAGUAACCUUUUAUUUUGUUGCUAUGUGCAGAUGAGGAAGCGAUUGAAUGGUUCUGUAAACAUCAAGUGUAAUGGCAUUUUGUGCAGGGUUGUGAACAGCCUAAUUGAGAGGUUAAACAAUUGCGUGAUCUUGCACAUUUUGUAAGCUGCUGAAUCUAAGACUUUGCUUGAAUAUUAACUGAAUUUAUGUACUGUAUAUUUUUUAAAUAAAUAAAAUCC